AUGGCUUUUAUGGCCGGGCUAAUUCGAACGAAUGCAAGCGAUGCCGUGUCGCUGGGCGCACUCAUAACAGUUCUCAGCCUUGCCAUGGACCCCUUUAUCCAGCAGAUCACAACAUUCGAAUCUGCUCCAGCGCCGUUUGGCACCUCCAAUAUAUCCUCACGUAUCAUCUUUGAGACGGGGGUGAACAGCACAGAUGGCACAGUCUUCCAUCAAGGCUUCGUCCAGGCCCCCGAGACCUUCAGCCCCCACAUCUAUCAGGGACUCUAUUUCCACGGCGACCUCACGGACACGACUUUGCGUAACGCACUCCAGCUCCACCCGCGUUCGUCAGGCGGCAAUGUUUCCUUUGGGAUCAGCGAGUCGCUUGCAGUCUGCUCUGAAUGCGCCAACAUUACCGACAUCCUCCACCCGCCUGAAAAGUCAAUCGACGCGGCGGACUACUGUGACGAGUAUGGAUUUUGUUGGUUGUGGUCACUCCCGAACGGCGUGGACACCGGAUGGACACGCGUCUUAGUGAGAGGUACUAAUGUCCUCACCCUCAAGAAUUCGGACAACACAAGCAGACUGGACACGAGAGACCGGUUGACUAUUCUUAACCUAACCGCCAUAAUGCCCGGGUGGGAAGUGACUUCCUUUAACGAAAAUCAACAGCCCUCCGGAGCCAUUGGUAUCCAAGGGCAAGCGCAAGAGUGCAUGCUCUACUGGUGCGUGAACAAAUACGAAAGCAGUCUCAGUGCCGGAAUCUUCAACGAGACGAUAAUCUCCUCUUUUUCGACCGGGGUUGUGGAAUCUGAACCGUACAGUCGAAUAUUCUCUAUUAAACCACCAACAUCAAACUCUUCCCUUUUCCUGCACAACAGUGAAGAAUACGGCAAUUAA